CUUUCCACAACUGAGCGCUGAGGCAGUUGUCAACAAAAAUAUUUUCCGAAGUAAUUCGACUUAGCGCCCUUCAAGAAAAGAGCGUACAAAUUCCUGAAAGCCCAGCAAUGAGAGAGCCUUCUGACAAUACGUACUUUCGACACCAUUCUUACAAUUACCUGUAACAUGAAUAGAGGUGAAUUCAACCGUGUUUUACGGCAUCUUCUGUCGUAUAGUAUAAAUAAAUGUGAUCUUAAUACGAUGGUAGGAAAUGUUAAUUUCUUUUUGAGAGCGUUGACUGUUAAUAUUGAUAACAGAAAUACUAAACCGAUAUCUGUUACAUUCUAUAUCCUAACAAUAAUUGGUCUAAUCUGUUAUUACUACGUGUAUGUGGUAUCUGUGGUUUGGUAUGUGUUCGUCCAUUAUCCGGCGACGGGCGAUUUUAUCGGCACAGUUAUAAUUUUCUCAAUAGGAGCCUUCACUGAAACUUGUCCUAUUAAACUAUUAUUUAUGAUUAUGCACCGAAAAUUAAUAGCAAAUGUCGUAGAACGGUAUCUUCGGUGUGAUGCCCAAAUUGACCUUGGAAGCCGGCUUCAUCAGAACAUUCAAAGCCGCUUGCGGACUGUAAAGAAGCGAGGCACCACAAUAUGGCUGACACUGGUUAUAAUUGCUGAAAUUCACUGUUUCACACCCUUCUUCUUACCUGGACGACACUUUCCCGAUGAUAAAUAUAUCCUCUAUGGUUUAGAACCAAUGAUAGAAUCGCCGAACUAUGAAAUCGCAACUGUUAUAUUAACAAUCACAAUAUCAAGUGCCACCUACUACGUUGCCAACUGUACCGCUUUCAUGGUAAUGCUAUUAGGUUACACCGAAGCCCAAAUACUAUCACUUAGCGAAGAGCUUCUUAACGUAUGGAAUGACGCCGAAAGAGAAACGGAACAUAUCGGCAUUGAAUCAAGAUCGAGCGCUAUAAACAACUUCAUAUCUGAACGGCUGACAUUCAUUAUAAAACUUCAUAACGAAAAUAUAACCUUGCUAAAGCAAAUCGAGGGCGUUCUCCGUGUAAGUAUGGCGUUAGAGUUUUUAUUUCUCAUGGCCGGGCUAAUCGCAGCCAUGCUCGGCGGUAUUAAGCACACGUAUUUGGAAAUACCGUUUGCAUUCGCCCAAAUCUUUAUGAACUGUUAUUUGGGACAGAAAAUCAUAAAUGCGAGCGAGACGUUUGAGAGAGCAGUGUAUGAUUGCAAAUGGGAGUUAUUCGAUAAAACCAAUAUGAGAACCGUUUCGAUAGUGUUGCAGAAUUCGCAAAAAACACUUAAUCUGUCAGCCGGCGGAGUGGCCAUUUUGAGUUUUCAAUGUCUGAUGUCUGUUAUUAAAUCUUCUUAUUCGUUCUACACAACGUUACAAUCGACUCUUAAAUAUUAAAUAAUAUAGUAUUUAUACAAAAAUUGCAAACAAUAUAAAAUCACAAAUAACAAUUUUUUAAUCACAACAUAAGUUUAUAUUAUCAGGAGUAAGGAUGGUGCUGUUCUUUUAAUCUAAAUGAAGGAUUCUCGAAGGAGUCUAAUCUCUGCACCAGUGUUGAAAUUGUAUAUAUCCUUAAAGGCCGGAAUAAUUUUGUCAGCGCCAUCAAGGGUGUAAUUGAGAACUGUUAGUAAAUGUAAAUUUACAAUUAAUUUAACUUCUUCUUGACGUUCAUAAGUGUACUUGUUUACCUAUAUGAAUGUAGUUAUUUUGAGUUUGAGUUUGAAUAUCCCACUGGCUGUCUGCAAAACACGAUUAUAAGCUAUUUCACUAAAUAAAAAUGUUUUUCA